AUGUCAAAUCCACACCUUCUCAACGCAUUCCUCGCCUGUGCUUGUUCACAUUAUGCCCGCCGACACGAAGCCAUGCCGAUCCAAUUAUCUAACAGCAUCGCCAAAUUCACCAACAGAGCACUCAAUGGCCUGCGACUCGCGAUGACCGAUCCAAAUCAAGCAGGGAAACUGGAAACAAUCAGCACGGCUCUCGCAUUAUGUACAUCGGACGUUAUCUCAGGCGAUCUCAGUACCUGGCGAAUUCAUCUAACAGGAGCGAACAAGUUGAUUCUAUCAGCUUUCCAAAACGAUAAAAAGCCCUCAUCCUCCGAAACGGAUGGCAGGAACCCGUUGGAAACUUUCGUCAUUAAAUGGUAUGCGCUGUUGGAUAUUUUCGCUGGUGUCUCUGGGUUACGCAAAAGCUCCAAUCCUGAUGGGCGCUAUUGGUCUUCCAGCGAAGAUGAGUCUUAUAUCGAUGAAUGGACGGGGUACUCAUUAGAUCUUAUUCCGAUCAUAUCUCGCAUUGGACGUAUGGCGCAGACUCAACGGAACAAAAACAGGAUAAUGACCCUGAAUGAGGAUCCUGAUGAACCCCUCGAUCCUGAAUUCCACGAUAUGGAAGAAAUCGACCAGAUGGAGAGUUUGAUCUACUCGCUCUAUGAUCGCACGGCUCAUCCGGCACUAGUACAUAGUCCGGAUCCGGAGACGAGGAAACGAGCAGAUGAGAUGCAGUGCAUUCAUCGUGCGUUCGUGUAUACUGCUCUGCUCCAUUUGUAUCGUCGGGUACAGGAGUUGCCUAAAUAUCAUGACAAGGCGGUUUAUGCAAUAUGUAUGACUAUCCAGAUGAUUCAGAUGAUCCCUCGGGAAUCUUCAUCUAAUAUCUUGACUCUCUGGCCUGUAUUUACGGUCGGAUGUGAGACGGAUGAUCCAACACAGAGAAGCAUUAUCGAGUCAAGGAUCUCAAAAAUGGAGUCCUUUGGUAUGGGAAAUGUUGAGACGGCUCGACAGGCUAUGUACGCGUACUGGGAAUCUGGAGCUACAGAGAGAUGGGAUAUUUUUCUCGAGAGUUACGGGCAAGAUAUCGUUCUCUUUUGA